CAGAGACAUGUCUGCGCAUGGAUGGUUCAACAGUUGAGUCUCCAGCUGCUGAGCGGAGAGGAGCGCGCAGCGCAGCGGACGCGUCACACUCGAUCCUCCGCUGGAGAACUCGCGCACUUCCACAUUCCGCGUGAAUGAGAAGCUUUUGCAACAUGGACGGCCCGCGUCGCGCGCUGUCUCUGCGGGGAGUUGUAUCCGUGUUUUUCCUCGCUGCGCUGCGGGAGCCCGGGGCCGCCGGGAUGCCAACUUUAUUCUCCAUGAAUCAGCUCUGUAAGUUCUGCGACGUGGAGCUUACCUCCUGCAGCGGCACGGGGACCUGCGUGUCCAACUGCUCUAUCACAUCCAUCUGUACGGACCGCGUCGAGGUCUGCGUCUCCAUCUGGAGAAAGAACGAGACCGACCUCUCCCUUGAAACCUUGUGCCACAACCCAUCCAAGCCGCUCUACGGGGUCAUGCUGGACGACUACAACAGCUCCACCUGCGUGAUGAAAAAGAAGAACACCACGAGCGGGAUGGCUGAAAUCUGCUCCUGUAGAGACGUGGAAGAGUGUAACGACAAAGUCUUAUUCAUCCCCGUCGUGGAUCCAACCCCGGACGAUGCUUUGCUGUCCGUGAUCCUGGUGAGCCUGCUCCCCCUGCUGACGAUGGGGGUUGUGGUUGCCGGAAUGUUCUAUUGGUACCGAGCCUACCGGCAACGCGUGAGCCAAGAGUGGGAGAGAAGCGCGAAGAAGCGUAAGACAAAAGCCGGUGGGUUGGACUGUGAUGCGUGCGCCAUCAUGAUGGACGACGACGGGUCGGACAGCAGCUCGACGCACGCCAACCACCUGAACCACAACACCGAGCCACUGCCUAUAGAGCUGGAUAUGCUGGUGGGUAAGGGUCGCUUUGCCCAGGUGUACAAAGCAAAGCUGAAACAGACCACCUCGGAUCAGUUUGAGACGGUGGCCGUGAAGAUCUUCCCUUACGAGGAGUACGCCUCCUGGAAAAACGAGAAAGACAUCUUCUCCUAUAUGGACCUCCGGCAUGAGAACAUCGUCCACUUCCUGACGGCUGAGGAGCGGAAGGUGGAGAAGCAGUACUGGCUCAUCACCGCCUUCCACCCCAGAGGAAACCUACAGGAGCACCUGACGCGUCAUGUGAUCAGCUGGGAGGAGCUGCAGGUGCUCGGCUUGUCUCUGGCCCGGGGCGUCGCCCACCUGCACAGCGACCGCCUCCUCUGUGGGCGCCCUAAGGUGCCCAUAGUCCAUCGCGACCUGAAGAGCUCCAACAUCCUGGUGAAGAACGACCUGACGUUGUGCCUGUGUGACUUUGGGCUCGGACUCCGUUUGGACAGCACUCUGUCUGUGGACGACCUGGCCAACAGUGGACAGGUGGGUACGGCGCGCUACAUGGCUCCAGAAGUGCUGGAGGCCCGACUCAACCUGGAGAACAUGGAGUCCUUCAAACAGACCGACAUCUACUCCAUGGCCCUUGUGCUCUGGGAGAUGACGUCCAGGUGUGAAGCCGUUGGAGAGGUGAAGGAGUACGAGCCGGCCUAUGGCUCCAAGGUUCGAGAGCACCCCUGCGUGGAGAGCAUGAAGGACAGCGUGCUGAGGGACAGAGGACGACCCGAGAUCCCGGACACCUGGCUGAGGCAUAAGGGCCUGGCACAGAUCUGCGGCACCAUCAUGGAGUGCUGGGACCACGACCCAGAGGCGCGCCUCACCGCCCUCUGCGUCGCCGAGCGCAUCUUGGAGCUGGAGGACGAGAUGGACAAGCUGUCCAGCCGCAGCUCCUCGGCGGAGAAGAUCCCCGCCGAGCUGAAGAUCCCCAUGGAGGUGGGGAUCCCCGGGGAGGAGGUGAAAAUCUCCCAAAUACAGGACGUCAGCGCAGCCGACAGCUCGGUCAGCGACGAGAAGUGAGAGAGGGGGACCCCCCCAACAAGGGCACUUAUUCUGCUGGAGGCGUAGAUCCCAGUCAGCAGGUGGGGGAUGUCUCACGACAGAUCGUAUCCUAACACAGGUUAAAAAAAAGCUAUGAGGGGCACUUUUGGACCCCUUUAAACACAUAACGUCUUGCCUUAAUCAGCUGAAGCCAAAGUUAACUGGAAGCCUCCAAAUAUUCACAGAAACUGUUUAUUUAAGACUCACAGGCUUCUCUCUGAACAAAAGGUCACUCUCUUUACGAGGAACACACAGGGCAACAACUGCUAAACCAAAGACAUUUAACGUGCACUUUACCGUGAGACACUCCUCGUGUCCAAAAGUGUCUCUGACUUUGAGCCAAUGUGUCAGCGGAGAUGUGGCCUUAACACUACCGAUGCUGUGGGCUCCAUAUGCAACCAGCAAGGAGUCCAAAGGAAUGUGUGUGUGUGUGUGUGUGUGAGUGUGAAUGUGAAUGUGUGUUUUUACCCAGCUAUGCUUAAAACCUUGUUUGCCACAGAAGACAAGCACAAUGUAAAUAGAGACAGUGACUGUAUAUAAGAGACGUAUCAGCCCAGAGCAAAAGGAAACGUCAUCCUACCACUUCUAAUCCACAGACUUCAUACAGAUGGAUUUUUAAAACAACCUUUUGUGUUGUUUCCAUAUUUUUGGGUGUGUGAUCUCUGUUGCCUUUCCUUUCAUACAAUGUGUGUCAUAUGUAAAAUAUUUGUAAAUCUUUUUAUGAAAUUAAAGAUAUUUCUGUAGACUGACA